CAGCACGCGCAAUUUCCGCCAUUAUUUGAAAAUUUUCCUCCGGCGAGGAAGUACUUCAACAUUACUGCGCUUGGAUCCUAUAUUGUCAGUCAUCUGGGUUUAUAACUAUGGAAUUCGCUGUGGGCUCUGAACCAAUGACCCUGGGCUCCCCCACAUCCCCGAAGCCUGGGACAGGAGCCCAGUUUCUCCCAGGGUUUCUGAUGGGCGACCUGCCAGCACCUGUCACCCCACAGCCUCGCACUUUCGGCCUCAGCGGAAGUGGCAGUGACACCAGAUCCCCUCUGUUGGCAGCAGCUGGUGGUUCUCCGCCUCAGCCGGUGGUUCCCACUCCCAAAGACAAGAGCGGUGCUCCUCCAGUCAGAAGUAUAUAUGAUGACCUCGCAAGCCCAGCUAUUGGCAUGUCCCCUCUUUCUGCACGCAAACAUAAUUUCUCCUCAUUCCAGAGUCCUUUGCCGACUUUCCCAGGAACACCAGGAACAGUCUCUAGUGUGUUUAGUCCAGCCAGUCUAAGUCAGCAGAGAAAAUCCACACUAUCCCCUGCGCAGAUUGACCCUUUUUUCACCCAAGGCGAUGCCCUCUCAUCUGAUGACCAGCUUGAUGACACGUGGGUCACUGUAUUCGGCUUUCCUCCGGCCUCGGCUUCAUACAUCCUUUUACAGUUUGCUCAAUACGGCAACAUCCUUAAACACGUGAUGUCCAACACGGGCAACUGGAUGCACAUUCAGUAUCAGUCCAAACUCCAGGCACGGAAAGCCCUCAGCAAGGACGGCAAGGUUUUCGGAGAGGCCAUCAUGAUCGGCGUCAAAUCUUGUAUUGAUAAGGGUGUGAUGGAGGGCUCUGUGGAGAGAUUGAGCAGCUCCAGUUCGGUCUUCAGCACCCCUGCGAAGGCCAAUGGUACCCCCGGUGGCCCCGUCUCCACCCCCCGCUCAGCCAUGAGGCCCCUUAGCGCCGCCUACAGGGCUUCCAGCAGUGACUACCAGGUGGUUGCUGAUAAAAACACCCCAAGGAAAGAUGACAGUUUUGUGUCCAAGGCCAUGGAAUACAUGUUCGGCUGGUGAGCAGCGGUGAUACCCUUUUUUUUGGGUGGGACUUUUGGGUGGCAGAGGGGUAUACACCACAACCAUCAGUGGUGCCACUACUAGUACUACGAUUGCGACUACCACCACGACAGCCAUCGCCACCACCACCACCACCACCCUGCCGUGGGUGCUGUGUGGCACACUGACGACAGGCUGGGCAUGGUUGGCAUAAGAGGAGCAUAUAAACUUGUGUGUUUAAAGACAAAAAGACAAUAUAUGAGCACUUUAUCAGGUGAAUGAUCUUUUAAAAACAAAGUAUCCUGUUUUGGGUGAUGAGGCGGGGUUCCUACAACGCUCUCGACUGAAAUGUUGUCUCUUUAGGGGGAAUGGGAUGUACGGCACGGCAAUGCUCUCGAUUAUGUCUUAAAAACUGUCCAUGGAAGGAAGGAAGGAAAGAAAGAAAAAAGAAAAUAUACAGAAAGUGUUAAGUGUGUAUUUAAAAAAAAGAUCUGCUGGCUUGAAAGUUUGCAACACUGCAGGGGCUGUCUUCAGUCUAUUAGCUAAUUAUGCACUAGUGUUUCUGGGCUUAUAAUUUCAGAUUUGUGAAUAUGUAGGAGCCCUACUUUGCUUUGGCCUGAAGUCGUCCUUAGCAAACCCAGGCUCUUUCUUUUUUUUUCUCCUCCACACAUAAUCAGGGUGGUAUGGCUUUUUUUUAACGGUGCACAAGCUCAGCCACAAGGUACACAGAUGCAGCCAUAGAUAAAGUUGUGUGAUUUGGUUGGCCUGAAGUGUUUUUGUAGUAGUAGCCAGAGUUGUAUAAAGUUGAAGUAGAAUUACUCUUACUCUAAAUGUAAUUACAACACUAGUGGUAUGAUAUUACAAAGUUGAAACCAUGUAAUAUCAUACCACUAGUGUUGUAAUAACAUCUGUAAGAGUAAUUCUACCUCUACUUGAUAUAACUCUGGUAGUAGCCAUGAUGUAAUCUAAUUGGUUCUCAGGACAAGUUGAGCUGAAAUACUGGGUCAGCUUUUUUGAAAGACUAUCUCGAGGUCCAUCCAUGCCUUAGUUAGGUCUCAAAACAAAAUGUUAUGAAUGGGAUUUCAUGUAUUUUGAGUUGUUUGAGGUCCUAAGGGGUUUGAUGGAAAAACUUUUUUAUAAAAGAAAGACAACAUUUUGUUUUUAGAGUGUGAGUGUGUGCAACAUGGCAAGAGACAACAUUUUGGUGUGUGUGUCUGUGUGUGUGUGUGUGUGUGUGUGUGUGUGUGUGUCCGUGUGUGUCCGUGUGUGUCCGUGUGUGUCCGUGUGUGUCCGUGUGUGUCCGUGUCCCCUGUUUGACAGAGUAACAUACUUCUUGUACAGUAUCUUUUUUUUCCCCUCUGCUGUUUGUCUGAUUGUUGUGUCCACUGAAAAGCUGUAUUCAAUUCGUUUGACCCUUCACCCCUACUCUUAUUGUGUCACUAUUUGCCUUUGUAUUGCAGUUCUUUUCCAAUACUGUGCUUUGUAUUCUCUUUUUUUACCCCUCUCUUUUGUCAUAACAAUAAAUAAAUAAAGAUUAUUGUUCUCCUAA